AUGAAUCGUGAGAUUAGAAAGCUUUUAUAUAACCCCUUAAUUGAUCUUCUGAGACUUAUCGAAGUAUGGUCAAAAAGUAGGCUAGAGCUCCAAAAAACAGUACAAAAAUAUUCUGCAUUGAAAAUAGAAUCUGCAUAUGUAAAUCAAAAAUCAUGUUUGUGUCUAAAUAUGUUUAGUUUGAAUGAAAAUUACAUUGUUGGAUCUGGCCAGGCUAUUCAGGACCAACUUGCUUAUUCAAAAAAUAUUGUAAUAGAAAAGAUGCAGGCAAUUAACCAAGUUCUCAGUGGGAUUGAUGAAAUCUAUCUUUCUCUUUCUAAUUUUACUGAAAACCAUAAUGAACUGAUUUAUUUAAAUAUUAUUGGAAGCUCAAGCUCUGGAGUUUCUAUAGACAUAAUAUUAGACUUUCUUUGUGAAUGGAAAGAUUGUAUUGAAUCUGACAUAAAAGUUCAAAGUGAAAUUUUUGGAUUGAUAGAGAAACUCAAGAGCUAUCACACUAGAAAUAUCCAAGCAUGCCUGAGCUACUUUCAGUGCUCACCUUACGGAAAUAUUUUAGAAGGAAAAGAAAUAUUUACAAAUUUGAAAAGGUCCAUAAGAGAAUUCAUCACACAGUAA